UGUUGGAUCAGAAGCCAGUGAGGAAACUUGUGGAGGAGAAGCGGCGAUAAUCCGUUUGAGGAUGUAGGCACCGGUAUGAAGGAACAUGGGGCUGUAUCAGAGGUGGCAGCGGCUCCGGCUCCAAGGUUUACAGGCUUACGGGCUACACACGGCAGUUGUGUCGACCCCUCCGCACUGGUUGGCAGAGCGGCUUGGCCUUUUUGAGGAGCUAUGGGCUGCUCAGCUAAAGAGAUUAGCAAGCAUGGCACAGAAGGAACCUCGGACUAUUAAGAUAUCACUUCCUGGAGGCCAGAAAGUUGAUGCUGUGGCAUGGAACACAACCCCCUACCAACUAGCCCGGCAGAUCAGGUAACAGGCCCAUCCUGUAACUACCAGGAUUAUCCUUCCGCCCCUUUACUUUCUCUGCACUUGAGCAGGGGAAGAAGGCUUG